AUGCUCACAAAGUCCCAAGGUAGAAACAAAUCAUGGGAAGAAAAGUAUCCUUUCAUUAAGCCAGCAAGCUCUUUCUCGGAUGGUAACCGCGACUAUGACUACAUAAUUGUUGGGGGUGGGGCUGCCGGUUGUCCACUUGCAGCCACACUCUCCCAAAAUUUUCGUGUGUUGUUGCUAGAAAGAGGCGAUGUUCAGUUUGAUAACGUUAAUGUUUCAUAUUUCAAUAACUUUGUCAAGAACUUGAGGGAUACGUCACCAAAAUCCGCAUCUCAGCCUUUUGUUUCGACUGAUGGUGUUGCAAACAUUAGGGCUAAGGCCUUAGGUGGGGGUACUUGCAUCAAUGCUGGCUUCUAUAGUAGAGCCAGUCCAAGGUUUAUUAGAGAAGCAUAUUGGGAUGCUAAACUUGCAUAUGAGUCAUAUACAUGGAUUGAAAAACAAAUUGUCUAUCAACCUAACAUCAAACGAUUUCAAAUGGCCUUCCUAAAUAGCCUCCUUGAAGCUGGAGUCUUGCCCUUCAAUGGAAUUACCUAUGACCAUCUCAAUGGAACCAAAAUUUCUGGAACAAUCUUCGAUGAGUUCAACCGUCGUCACACUGCUGCGAACUUACUUGCGUCCGCAAAUGCCAAAAACCUCGAGGUUCUUAUCCACGCCACUGUUAAAAAACUCGUAAUUACUAAAAAAGGGAAAAAAGUAAUAGUAACUGGAGUAGAGUUUGAAGAUGAAGAUCACAAUCAACAUCAUGCGAUUUUAUCAAAUGGGACAAAGAGUGAAAUAAUAUUGUCUAGUGGGACAAUUGGUAGCCCUCAAAUAUUACUUCUAAGUGGUAUUGGACCUAGAGAGGACCUUUUAAAAUUGAACAUAUCAAUGGUGCUAGAUAAUGAGUUUGUUGGAAAAAACAUGUUUGAUUGCUCAACAAACGUCGCCUUCCUUCCAAUUCAAGGAACCGUGGGUAUAUACCCACCUCAAGUUGUUGGAAUUGCAAAGGAAGGCGUCUAUUUAGAAGCUCUUGGUGGACUCCGUGUCCAGGGGCAAGUCAUUCGGUUUAAUCGUGAACAUGAUUCAACUAAGAGAAUGCUAACAAGAAUCAAUACAAAAAAUGAAGUAAAGAAAGAUUCUUAUAACAAAUCAAAUGGGAGAAGUUAUAUUUUCUCAACAGUUUCCAAACCCAUCUCAAGAGGUCAAAUGAACUUGACUAGCAAUAGUGUUCAUGAUCAACCUUUGGUUACCUUCAAUUACUAUAGUUGUAAGGAAGAUCUGUCUAUAUGUGUUAGUGGCCUUCGAUUGUUGAGAAAGCUUGUAAGAUCUAAGUCAUUCAUGAACUUCACCAACAAUAAUCAUCACAAAGAGGCAAUGGGUCAAUGUCAGCUUGAUGGAAAAGAUGAUUAUGAAUCAUUGGAAUUGUUAUGCAAGAAUACUUUACGCACAUUUUAUCACUACCAUGGCGGUUGUAAUGUGGGUCGUGUGGUGAACAAUGAAUACAAGGUCUAUGGAGUCGAUAGGCUUAGGGUUAUUGACGGUUCAAUAUUUAAUGAAUCACCCGGUACUAAUCCUCAAGCCACAAUAAUGAUGAUUGGAAGGUACAUGGGAGUCAAGAUUCUAACAGACAGGAUUGGGACCGAAGAUGGUAUGUAA